AUGUCUUCUGAACAACUUCUUACCAUCACUCACAUCGACUCCCUUCCUGGUUAUGCCUUGGCCUUCCGCCUUGCUGAGGAACGUCAACAAUUGAAUGUUCGUAUGCGUGGUUUAUGUCGUGAUCGCCAUGGUCUUGAGGAACUUGAAAAGCAAGGUGUUGAGAUUAUGCAAGUCGACUACCAAGAUGAAAACAAGAUCAAGCAAGCUGUGCAAGAAUCACGUUGCGUGUUUAUGAUCCCUGAGCACUCGUCCAAUCGUGUCAAAGAAGCUGAGAUGUUGAUGCGUGUUUGCAAGCAAGUCAAGGUGGAGCACAUGGCCAUGUUGUCUUGGGUAGGUAUGGAUGCUGUGCAACAUGACCGUGAGCGUUAUCGUAAUUUGAAUGAGUACCACCAAAUCGAGGAAAAGCUCAAGCAACAAUUUGGUGAGCAACACUGCUGUAUCAUCCGUUCGACCUUGUUCAACCAAUUCUUCUACUACGUGACCCCUAUGGUGGAGGAUCGCAAUGCCUUGUGCCUUCCUGUUAAGCAAGACCAACGUUGGGGCACUGUGGAUCUUCGUGAUGUGGUCGAAGCCGUAUGCACCCUUGUACGUCAAAAUGUCCAAGUGGGCCGUGGUCAAAAGCACCUUUACCGUUUCACACCCACUCAUAUGAUGGAUGGUCGAGAGAUGGCUCGUGGUAUGGCUGAAGCUGUGGAGCGUAGCCCUGAGGAACUCAAGUAUCAUCAAAUCAAGCAAGAAGAAAUGUGGCAACAUCUCAAGCGUAUUCGCGACGAUGAUCGCUUCCGUGAGCGUCAACCAAGUGGUGGUACUGAAACGCGUUACACUGUUCCCAUUGGUCGCUAUCUCACUGAUCGUUGCAUUGAAGUGCUGCUUGAGUUUAUGGAACUUGCUAGCAAUGGCAAGGCAGAGAUCAAGUCGCGUGAUUUGAAGGAAAUCCUUGGUCGUGAACCACAACCAUUGCAAGAAUACUUUAAGAAGAAUCGUGAUCAAUUCAAGCGUUUCCGCUAA